AUGAAAACCAAGUUGGCCAAAAAAUUAUAUGAUAAUGGAGAUAUCAGUAAAUUAGAUUUUUUAUACUUGCCAGAUGAGCCAAAUGAUAUGACAAAGUUUUCACUUAUUGAUUUUUCAUGUAAAAAAAUCAUAAAUCUCCCAUUGGAUCUUACUCCCCCUUUAAAUUGGAGUAAAAAGCCCUGUUCAAGUACUAAAAAAAAGUAUUUUACUGAUGUUUUUUCCAAUUUAAAGGGAUUGAGUUAAUGAAACGAUUUGCAUGGUCCCACUUCCAAAUAGCAAAGUUUUUUGUUAUGGAAGUUUACGAUGGAAAGAAGCCCAUAACCAUCUGAUUCCUAUAUUGAGUGGCAAUACUUUUAUUAUUAAUCCAGAUUUUAGCAUAGAAAUCUUAACAAAAGGAACUCCAUGCUAUGGGUCUGGAGGCAUUUUUUAUGAUGGAAUUGCAUAUGUGUUUGGCGGACAUAAUGAUAAUGGAAAAAUUAAUCUACUAUUGGCUAAGCUUAAACAGAUUUAAAUUAAGCUUGAUGUGCUAAAUAAUUGUUUUGUAUAAGAAAAGACAAUGGAACUACAAAUAAAAAUAAUUAUUUUGGGAAAAUGCUAUAAAAUUAAUAUAAAAAUAUCGCUUCAAGAUAUGAUUUAAACAAAAAUAAAUGAAAAAUAAUAUCAAAUCUCCCAGUGAGCUCUGCAUUUUGUUCCUGUAUUGAAUUUAUGAGGUUUAUAUUAAUAGGAGGCUUCAGUUUGUCAUCUUACGUAUUUGUUUAUGAUAUAUUUGGAAACUCUUACUCAAUGUUUUUAUCUGGUGUAGAUAGAACCAAAAUUUUGUGUAAGCAUAAUGGGUAUGCGUAUUUAAUUAAUCCUGGUGGAAAUAUUUAUGAAAGCGAUUAUAAAAAUCCAUUUGUGUGGAAAACUGUAAAUAAAUGAGAAUGGGAUAGAGAAUUCUUUGAUUUAAUAUAUCUUUUUAAAUAAUAAAUACUUGAUAAAUCAUUGCCGGCUGAAAAAAUAAGAAAAUAGAUAGAGCGCAAAGGCUGUUGGGAUGAUUCAUUUAUUGAUAAUCGACAAUGACUAAUUUGCCAUCUUAUCCUUGCUUUUAGUGAGCUUUAUAUGUUAUAAACUAUGGCUUCGUCAGCUCAUCUCUCUUCUUCUUUCUUUUUGCUUUUAUUCGAUUUUUCCCUUCCUUGUGCGUUUUAAUGCCCAUUUUUGAUGGGUCCUUCAUGCCCUUUCUCUGACUUCUUCCUCUUUAGCCCUUUUUACUUUCGCGCAUUUUCGUCAUCUCAACCGCAGGCUCUUUCCUGUAACUUGGCCUUAUUGUAUUUUCUUCUUUCUCCUCUUGCUUUUAUCUUCCUACUUUUACUUUCCUUCCCAACCCGUUUGCUUUGUCAUUUAAAUCCUUUUCUCAAGUCCUAGGGUACAGAUCUAAAUCAUGGGGCUAACAUUAACUUUCGGUAACCCAGAAAAUCUUCUCUCUCGUCUAGCUACAUGCAAUAGAAGUGCAUAAGUUUACUAUUCGAAGAUCUUAAACAUCAAAAAGAGGAUAAGUUUUCAAAUGGCUUUUGGAGAUUUUUUUUAUUUUGUGGAAUUUGGAGGAUCAUGUUCAUAUUAUAGGUUUGAUUUGACUAGUAAAAAAUUGGAUGACAAUUUAGAUGACUGAUUAGUGUAA